UUCAUUUGCAUUCUCAUUCUCCUCAUAUUCUCAUUUCCCCCUAAAUUUCAUCUAUCACCAUAUAUCAAUUAAUACAAUAUCUUUUGAUAUUCCAAAAUUUUUGAAACUCAAAUUAAGACAUGGUGAUGCCUAUAGAAAAAGAGGACCACAACAAAAAAUUAGUCACAGAUUUAUACAAAGCCUUAGUCACAAAAGACACAAACACAAUGCAAAAUCUUCUUGCCUCUGAUUUAGAAUGGUGGUUCCAUGGUCCACCAUGUCAUAGUCACUAUUUAGUCUCUUACCUCACAUGCUCAUCAUCAUCAUCUAAAAAAUCUUUGGUUCCUAACAUCAUAAUUGGAUUUGGAUCAGUUAUUGUUGCUGAAGGGUUUGAUGAAGAAAAUAAAGUUUGGUGGGUCCAUGCUUGGUCUAUUUGUAAUGGAAUCAUUACUGAGGUUAGAGAAUAUGUUAACACUUCUUUGACUGUUACUAAACUUGGUAAUCUGCAUUUUCCAAUGUCACAAAGUGUGGUUUCUAAAGAAGAUGUUGUUGGUUCCACUUGUCGGUGUAUUUGGCAGAGUAAGCUUUGUGAUGAGUCUGUACCUGGACUCAUUCUCACUGUCUAGCACAAAAUCUUUCCUAUCUUUUUAAUUGCGGUUAGGCCGUAAAUAUUUAUAUUGUCGAGAAAUAUAGAUAAAUAAAUUGUAACUGUAAUGUCUUGCACAAACUUUAAAAUACAGUUGCCGACUACAAUGUAAAAUCAUGUCUCAAAAUGAUAUUACGGACCUAGAUUCCUUAAAGUUUGGAUUUUAUUAACAAUUUACAUAAAAUUAUGCAUUGGAUAUUUACAUAAAA